AUGGCGGCAUUUACAUACAGCUGGGCGCCCCCUCUGAGGCGGGGGCUCCUCGCCCUGGCGUCUGAGACUGGCAGCCUCCUCUGUAUCCCCUUCCGUGCCCCAGCUGGGGUCCACCAGGGCACUUUCACCCUCAUCAUCGAAACCUGGAGAGAGGAGUUGGGAGAGCAGAUUGGGGCUCCUGCACGUCGUGCUGGGUUGAGCUCCAGGGCUCUUGACAUCUCAGGCUCAGAAAUGGAGGCAGGAGGCCAUCCGUGGUCCCGGUGCCAGUUCCUGGCAGUAUGGGUAGCUUAUGAUCCAGCCAUUGGGGUCUGUGCUACCAUUUUGAUACAGGAAGAUCCUGAGGCACAGCAUGGGGGGAGUUACGACCUCUCUUUAGGAGGCCGGUUAUUGUCCUUUGGCCAGAUCGAGACAGCAGGUGUCACAGGGGGCCGCAGCGCCCCCUCGCGGUGCGGCCCGGGACUGCGGCCCUGCGCGCCGGGGGAGGACGCGUGUGCGGCGCCGCCGGCAUGUCGCACAGGCUGCAGCCCAGAGCACGGCUUCUGUGAGCAGCCGGAUGAAUGUCAAUGCCUGGAGGGCUGGUCUGGGCCCCUCUGCACCGUCCCCGUCUCAACCAACAGCUGCCUCAGCCCAAGGGGCCCGUCCUCUGCUGCCGCUGGAUGCCUUAUACCUGGGCCUGGGCCCUGUGACGGGAACCCCUGCGCCAACGGGGGCAGCUGUAGUGAGAUACCUGGGUCUUUCGAGUGUGCCUGUCCCCGUGGGUUCUACGGCUUGCGGUGUGAGGUGAGCGGAGUGACGUGCGCAGAUGGACCCUGCUUCAACGGCGGCUUGUGUGUCGGGGGUGCAGACCCUGACUCCGCCUACGUCUGCCACUGCCCCCCUGGGUUUCAAGGCUCCAACUGUGAGAAGAGGGUGGACCGGUGCAGUCUGCAGCCAUGUCGAAAUGGUGAGGCCAGGAGACGGGGCCAGGGUGUCUCAGACUGGCUGGGGACCCCACCUUUGCCUCCUCUAGCCCUGGGACCUGGGGAUGUGACCCUCCCCGCUGUGCCCGGCCUGUGUGUUCUGGAAAACAAGCGAGGAGAUGUUCUGCUGGGGGACCCCCAGCGCGUCCUCUUGCCGCCGGCUUUGGGACUGCUGGCGGCCGCGGGCUUGGCCGGCGCAGCGCUCCUGCUGGUCCACGUGCGCCGCCGUGGCCAAGGCCGGGACACUGGGCCUCGCUUGCUGGCGGGGACCCCGGAGCCGUCGGUCCACGCGCUCCCCGACGCACUCAACAACCUGAGGACGCCGGAGGGCUCCGGGGAUGGCCCGAGCUCGUCCGUAGAUUGGAAUCGCCCUGAAGAUGGAGACUCUCGAGGGAUUUACGUCAUAUCUGCGCCUUCGAUCUAUGCUCGGGAGGUAGCCACGCCCCUUCUGUGUCCGCUACACACCUUGGCCGCCGGGCUGGGGCGGCGCCUGCUUUUUCUCUAG